CACAACCAGUGAGCGGCGCCCAGCUGCACAGAAAAGGGAAAGCAUCGCAUGAGAAAUUGUUCUACACAAAGCAGGCAGCAGAGAAGGUGCAUCACCUCUCCUCCAGUCUCAUCACACACAGAGGGUGUAGGGGGGGAUAGACAUGGACAUUGCUUCUAACUGAACCCCUGCCUGGGAUUUCUCCACCUGGAUCUAAGGAUUGUCACACUACAAGGGAAUGCUGGACAGCUCCUCCAGGACACAACCAGCAAACUCCUUAUGUCAGAUCACAGCACUGGGCUAGAGGAUGCUAGCAGACAAGGAGCUCCUAUGGCAGACAAGCAUUCGCCAGUGUUUUCUGAUUUGAAAUCCAUGUUUAUUUACUGAGAGGAGAACAAUCUUGCUCUGGAAUUUUGCCUACGAGAACAGACUAAUACAGUACACACAUUUAUUGGUGACAAUAAAAGUCAAAUUUAAUCAAGGAAGUUGAAGAAAACACACGGAACACAAAACUGUAUCUGCCGGCAAGUGGAUGUUGCUAAGUGAGGAUUAUUUCUGAUGAAAUGCCCCAUAUUUGUCUAAAUCUUCAGUUCAAAAAUUUGCUUCUUAGAACCACAUAACAGAUUGGACAUAAAACAAUCUCUUAAAAUUGGAUCUACCCUUUGUUGCUGGCAUCCAUUGCUUCGAAAAUAUUCGAGAGGGCUGAGCCUUAAUGAAGGAACGUCAAAACUGCUAACAAUCACACAAACAGGGACUCCAGACCCUAGUGACCAAGGAUGGCGUUGCCAUGGAAACUCUUUUUCUCUCUGUCAGUCAUGGUGGGGUGUCUAUCAGAACUUGUACAAGCUGUUCCAGGGCAGCAAACAUCUUAUGCUGCAAUACUAAGAAGGAAAUCAGAGAGUUACUCAUCGCCACUGUUUAACUCCAGGAGCCGACCGAGGUACAGUAGUUCUGCAUUGGAGUCCAUUGGUCAACCCCUGCAGCCGGGGUGGGAAAGACUCAAACAGUACAGCUUACCCACAAACCUCUAUCAAAUGUUAGAUGGUUUCAGGCAAGAUGAUGAGAGUGUGGAUUAUGGACCAGUGUUUGCCCAAGAGCCAGAGAAUGUAAUAUUUCCCAUGGAUUCUGGAGAGAAGAAAGUGGCACUUAAUUGUGAGGCGAGAGGAUUUCCUGGCCCGAGUUAUAGAUGGCUUCGCAAUGGAACAGAAAUAGACUUGGAAAGUGAUUAUCGCUACACUCUAAUAGAUGGAAAUUUAAUCAUCAGCAGUCCAAAUGAAGUGAAGGAUUCUGGCCAAUACCAAUGUAUAGCAUCAAACACCUUGGGCAGAGUUCUUAGUAGAGAGGCUACACUUCAGUUUGCAUAUCUUGGGAAUUUCAGUGGCCGUGUAAGAAGCGCAGUCUCAGUAAGGGAAGGACAAGGAGUGGUUCUCAUGUGCUCACCGCCACAUCAUUCACCAGAAAUCACCUAUAGUUGGGUUUUUAAUGAGUACCCUUCAUUUGUGGGUGAAGACGCUCGACGUUUUAUCUCGCAAGAGACAGGAAAUCUGUACAUCUCUAAAGCACAAGCUUCAGAUGUUGGAAGCUAUAUCUGUCAUGUAAAAAAUAUUCUGACUAACACCAGAGUUAUGAGCCCACCGACGCCACUAACAUUACGCAAUGAUGGUGUGAUGGGGGAAUAUGAACCAAAAAUUGAGGUGCACUUUCCAUUCACUUUUACUGCAGCUAAGGGAACCACCGUUCGGAUGGAGUGCUUUGCGCUUGGCAACCCCGUUCCUACAAUCUCAUGGAGGAAGGUGAAUGGCUUUAUUCCGAAUAAAGCGCGGCUAAGAAAAAUGCAGGCGGUUCUGGAGAUCCCAAAUGUUCAGCUGGAAGAUGCUGGGACGUAUGAAUGCAAAGCUGAAAACACCAGGGGGAAAAAUGCUUUCCGAGGGCAACUGCAAGUUUAUACCCAGCCACAGUGGAUAGAGAAGAUUAAUGAUACGCAGUUAGACAGUGGAGAUCAGCUCCGCUGGGAGUGUAAAGCAUCUGGAAAGCCAAGGCCCAUAUAUCGCUGGCUAAAGAAUGGACUCCCCUUGCUACCACAGAACCGACUUGAAAUGGUUAAUGGCAUGUUGACAAUUCACAACAUCAGUCAGUCAGAUGCCGGGAUGUACCAAUGCCUAGCGGAGAAUAUUUAUGGGAUCAUCUAUGGAAGCGCUGAGCUUAAGGUUCUGGCAUCCGCUCCCUCAUUCGAGCUCAACCAAAGGCAAAAAACAAUAAUCAUCACCAAGGGCAAGGCAGUCAUUAUGGAGUGUAAACCACAGGCAUCUCCCAAGCCAACCAUCUCCUGGAUGAAGGGUGACAGAGCUGUGAGGCAGAACAAGAGGAUAGCAGUUCUUCCAGAUGGAAGUUUACGGAUCUUCAACGCUUCUAAGUCAGAUGAAGGAAAAUACACAUGCCGAGGGGAGAACGUGUUUGGCUCUGCGGAAAUUACAGCAGUUGUGUCUGUUACAGAACCAACAAAAAUAGAAUUAAGUCCAAAAAGAACAGAACUGACAGUCGGGGAGAGCGUGGUGCUCAGCUGCAAGGCCAUUCAUGAUCCUUUAUUAGAUGUUUCCUUCUUCUGGACCUUAAAUGAGCAACCUGUGGACUUCGACAAGGAUGAUGGACAUUUUGAAAAUAUUAGAGCUCAAGCCUCCUCUGCAGAUUUAAUGAUUAGGAACAUUCUUCUGGUGCACGCUGGAAGAUAUGGCUGCAGGGUGCAGACCACGGCUGACAGUGUAUCAGAUGAGGCAGAACUGCUUGUUAGGGGUCCACCUGGUCCCCCAGGGGUGGUGAUCGUGGAGGAAAUAACCGAGACUACAGCAACGCUGUCCUGGAGUCCUGGAGCUGACAAUCACAGCCCCAUCCUCUGUUACAAUUUACAAGCCCGGAGCCCUUUCUCAUUAGGCUGGCAGACUGUGAGAACAGUUCCUGACAUUAUUAGCGGAGAUAUGGAGUCGGCCAUGGCAGUCGAUCUGAAUCCCUGGGUGGAAUACGAAUUCCGAGUCGUCGCCACUAACAGCAUUGGAACCGGGGACCCCAGCAUACCUUCCCGAGUCAUCAGGACUAACGAAGCAGUGCCCAAGACUCCCCCAGCAAAUGUCAGCGGUGGAAGUGGAAGGCGCCAUGAACUGGUGAUAACGUGGGAGCCCGUCUCAGAAGAAUUUCAGAACGGUGAGGGGUUUGGUUACAUCGUAGCAUUCAGGCCAAAUGACACCAGGGGAUGGAAAGAGAAAAUGGUGACCUCCUCCGAUGCCUCCAAGUUUAUUUACAGAGAUGAAAGCACGCCGCCGCUCACACCUUUUGAAGUUAAAGUUGGAGUGUACAAUAAUAAAGGCGAUGGUCCCUUCAGUGAUAUCGUGUUCAUCUGUUCUGCUGAGGGAGAGCCAAGCACUGCGCCCAUAGAUAUGAAAGCCACAGGCUUGUCUGCCUCGGAGGUCCUUGUCUCAUGGAAGAUGUCCAAGGAUAAUGUUGGAAGACCGCUGGGGUUUGAGGUUAGUUACUGGAAUGAUAUGGAGCAGGAAGAGGCUGCAGAAAAAGUGAAAACAGCUGGAAAUGAGUCUUCUAUCAUCCUGACAGAGCUGGAAGGAAAUACAUUAUAUCACAUCACCGUGAGAGCGUUCAACAAAGCCGGACACGGACCUCCUAGCGCGGCCGUACGUGGAAGCACCAAGAAAUCUCCUCCCAGUCAGGCUCCGAGCAUUGUGAAGUGGAUACGGAACGGCUCCCAUGUGUCCUUGGGCUGGGAAGCAGUCCGAUCAUUAGCCAACGAGUCAGAUGUCAUGGGAUACAAGGUCAUGUUGAGACAAGAAGGUCACAGCAACAGCCAAGUCAUCCAAACACAGACAACAUCAGCAGUGGUUCUGCUACCUGACUCCGGCUUUUAUAUCAUAGAGGUACGAGCCGUUAGUGAAGGCGGCGAUGGGACAGCUAGCUCUCAAAUCAGAGUGCCGUCUUAUUCAGGUAUAACAAAUGCGCAAUCUACACUACACAAUAUUUCAGCCUCUUCGUCUUCUUUAACAUUGCUGUUGGUACUGGUUGUUCCAGUGACAUCAUGGUGAAGAUGGAUUCUUUUUUAUUGGUUUUGUAUUGAUGACAUGAUCACAGUUACUGGCUCUGUGAAAACAUUGGAAGCCUGGACCUAACUGAAACAUCCAAAGACUACGUCAAAAACAAAAACAGCAACGACAACAAAAAAAGAACUGGAGAUAUAUCGCAAAUUUUGGGUUUCUUUUUUUAUAAAAAAAAUUAUAUAUAUAUAUAUGUAUAAAUAGACUUUGCAAAUAGCCUUUAUGAGCUUCUGUAAAGAAAAUGGUACAGUAACUGUAAAUGCUCUGGGUUUUUUUUUUUGGUUUUGUUUUUUUUAAUAAUUUCUUAGCAAAUUACUGGAGCAUAUACCUUGACCUUGUUGAAGCAGUGGUGUGAAAUGCAUAUGUGGAAUUGAAUGACAUGCUAUGAUUUACAGGUAUAGAUCUGGUGUUAUGUACACUCUUGUUAUGUUCUGAUAAAAUACAGAUGUAAAAGGCAAAAAAAAAAUUACAGCUAAUGUAUAACAUGUUAAUUAUCAGCUGCAUUCAUGAAGCUAGUUUCACUGUAACUUGUUGGUUUAAACCGUUAGGGGACGUGUUCUCUUGAUUAAAGCACUUAGAAGGUUUGGUUUUCAAAAUAAAAAUAAAUGAUAUUUUU